AUGCAGUUCUUCAAGACCGCCGUUUUCUUCUCCCUCGUGGCCGUUGGCCUAGCCGCCGCCUCCGAGGGCGACGCUGGAAUGAUGCAGAAGCGCGGAUUCGGCUGCCCCGACGAUGGACCUUGCAACACCCACUGCAAGGAUAUCGGCCGUAACGGUGGCUACUGCGCUGGUUUCCUCCAGCAGGUGUGCACUUGCAAUGAGAAGAAGUAA